AUGAUUUUAGAUAUAAAGACUGUUUUUCUAAGCUUCUUGAAUCCCCCCCAGGAUUCUUAUAAGCAUGUGAAGAUCAUGUUUUCUGUAAUUUAUAUUUGCAUUAAGUCAGGACUUGGUUUCUACACAGGACAGUUUAUCAUUUUUUGCCAUGCUUCUGAUGCAGUGGCUAAAAGUUGUGUUGAUUCUGAAGGGUUUAUUCAAUUUUAUUACUCUUUAAGGAGACCUUUUUCUUAUGGCCACACCUCCUUGACAGCGUGUUCUACCUUACAGACUGUGUUGAUCCUAAACCUGUACUGCAACCCCCAGAACUCUGCCAAGUCAGCUGAUGGAUCCCACUCAACAGUCAGCGAUGAGGAGAUGCAGGAGCACUACGACAACUUCUUUGAGGAGGUUUUCGUGGAGUGCGAGGAUCGGUAUGGAGAAAUUGAAGAGAUGAAUGUGUGCGACAACCUUGGGGACCAUCUUGUUGGCAAUGUGUAUAUAAAGUUCAAAUACGAAGAAGAUGCUGAAAAGGCUGUUGUUGACCUCAAUAACCGGUGGUUUGGGGGUCGAGCAAUCCAUGCAGAGUUGAGUCCUGUAACUGACUUUCGAGAGGCAUGUUGCCGUCAGUAUGAAAUGGGAGAGUGCACACGCAGUGGAUUCUGUAACUUCAUGCAUCUGAAACCAAUCUCUCGAGAACUCCGAAGAGAAUUAUACGGACGGAAGAGGAGGAGGUGA